AUGUUCAGAGAAAGAGGUAAAUUUUUUACGGAGAGGACCCCAACACUACCAGCUGGGGACUUACAUACGGAACCACCAUCACGGCAAUUACGAAACAAAGAAAGGCUACCUGAAGAAAUGUGUGUCACACCAGAAAUAGAGAAGGUAGUAGACACCCAACAUGCUGGGCCGAUGUCAAUUUGUACCUUGAGAAAAACUAAACUAAAUGCUGCUAUGGCAGUUGCUUUAGACAAAGAGUUAUCAAAGCUAAUUGAUAAAGGGGUAGUGGAGAAAGUUUCUCACUCAGCUGAUGUGUUUCAACGUCCAAAAAAGAUGUUCCUGUCGCUCGUGGACGACUGCAAAACAUCUACUGAAGGUUUAGGAUACAGAGGAAGGAAGUCAGUGACCAGUACCGGUAAAACUUGUCAGAGAUGGGACAGCCAAACUCCGCAUUCACAUGAUUACGCUGACCUACUUCCGGGGAACGCCAGCAAACACGAGAAUUAUUGCAGAAACCCACUUGCAGAAAAUGUAGAUGGCCCCUGGUGCUAUACAACAGAUGACGAUACGAGAUGGGAGCUAUGCUAUAUUCCCUUUUGUGAAUGUAGAGAGACCAUGAAAGGGGUAGAAUACAGAGGAACAAUGUCUCAAACAAUGGAGGGUUACGACUGCCAGAGGUGGGACAGUCUAGUUCUUCCCGAUUCUUAUUAUGCCAAACAACUAGAAGGAAACAUCAGUGAGCAUGAAAAUUAUUGCAGGAAUCCGGGAAAUUCCGAGGAUCUAGGGAAACUUCCCUGGUGCUUUACUUCAGUGCCGGAUGUGCCAUGGGGCUAUUGUAACAUCCCGUUUUGUUCCAAAAGUAAUGCAGAGUGUCUUAAUGACGAAAAAGGUGUAAAGUACUUUGGUACCAAAUCAACAACCAAAGAUGGCCUAACUUGUCAACGCUGGGAUGUACUAGAGCCACAUUGGCACAGUUUUUCUAAGGGAUUUAUGGGACUCAAUGCCUCUGAACAUGAGAAUUACUGCAGAAACCCAGAGGAGGACGAAAUGCCCUGGUGCUACACCGUUAAUUCUACUAUACCUUUUCAAUAUUGUGAUAUUCGCUUAUGUAAGGAAAAGGACUGUAAAGACACAGAAAACGGCGUGGGAUACAGAGGAAAGCGAGAUACUACUCGGGACGGGAUACUUUGUCAGCGAUGGGACAGGAACACUCCACACAGGCCACACGGCACUAUAAAUUUCCCUGGAUCAUCUUUGUCUGCACAGGAAAACUACUGUAGAAACCCGCAGAACGAUAUAUCACCCUGGUGCUACACAACGGAUCCAAAUAUACGCUGGCAGUAUUGUGAUAUACCUUUUUGUUUAAACAGUAAGAAUAUCUACAUUCAUGUGUUAAUUGUACCAUUUUCCACCACAUCUUUAGUUGAAGUGGGCAUAAGGUUAAUCGAUAUUCAAGAGAAGACUUGUCAAGAUUGUUUUGCCUGUCUGCAUGAUGGCCUAUGUAUUGAAAGGGAGGGAUUUUGUGAUAUGAACCUGGAUUGUCCUGACUCCACUGAUGAGGAAAACUGUGCUCUUGAGUGUUACUAUGAAAACGUGUACAAAGGAUACCGAAAAGAAACAAAAUAUCUCCACCGAUGCAUGGAAGGUGCGGAAAAUACAUGCAGAUUUGAUGAAAGCAAAGAAAAGCUAGGAUGCUUCGUGAAUUCUGAACAGAGGUGGGAGGAAUGUAACGUUCCAAAAUGUGACACUGGAUUUCUAGAUUGCAAAUUUGAAAAUGACUUGUGCGGUUGGAAACAGAUGCAGCAUGGAAUAAAAUGGAAUCGACAAAUAGCAGAAAAUACGGGCGAAAUGUUUGCAUUGGCUGAAAGUAAAUUACAUUUGAAUGAAGAUAUGGAGGAGAGGGCUGUCUUAUACAGUACACCACAACCUUCAUCGUCUAGUUUUGGUUGUAUAACAAUCUCAUAUUCUGGAAUUAAUGUCAGUUUGAACGUAUUUAUUACACAAGGCACGACUAUAACAUCAGAUAAAAUAGUUUUUCAGCAUCAAAUAAUUGAGUUGAAAAGUUUUGCUAUAGCAACUUUCCAGACUCCUUUUGGUACCCCUUACAUGGUAGUGAUUGUUGCAAAAUUUCAAGCUAUAUCACCUGGAUUUUUAAAACUAGAAAAAAUAAGCCACGAAAAUGGAAUUUGUAAAGAUAAAGGUCCUUGUGAUAAAACCGAAUUUCAAUGUGAUGACGGGAGCUGUGUACAUGUUGACAAAGUUUGCAAUAGGAAAAACAAUUGUCCAAAUAACGAGGACGAAUUUAUGUGCAGAUAUAACAGCUCAGAAUGUGUUCAAAUGAAAAAUGAGUGUAUUCUACCUUGCCCUUCUCAAUGUGAAUGUCAAGGUGUAAUCUUCAGGUGCCAUUCUCCGGAAAACAUCCCAAAAGAGGUCAAAGUACUUGAUUUUAGCUUAAGCAGCUUUGAUACAAGAAAAUUAAGAAAUUUUAGUUUCCUCUUACAUUUAAAUAUUUCAGGAUGUUCUAUAAACGAUUCCACAGUGAAAAAUCUAGGAUAUCAAUUAAGAUCAUCUAAUCUUCAAAAUCUCGACCUCUCAUUUAACAAUCUUCGGCAUUUGAAUCAGAAUACUUUUGGUGGCAUGAUUAAUCUAUUAUAUCUUAAUAUUUCACACAACCAAAUUGAAAGUUUUGAGAUUUUAUUAAUGAGCUCCAUUCCAAAGUUACGGUAUUUAAAUCUUCGAAACAACAAAAUAGAAAUAAUUCAAGCUAACGAAAUGGGUAAUAUCUUCUAUCCUAAACUUAAAUAUUUGGAUUUAAGAAACAAUAAAAUAAGAACAAUAAUGCCUAAAUCUUUGUACUUGUUAGGUUCAAUAACAAAAUUAAUUUUAAGUCACAACACAAUUACAAAUACGGAGCAGUAUUUUACAAACUCAAUGAGAACGCUAUCUGAUUUAGAUUUAAGCUCUAAUUUGAUAAAAGUAAUCACGAAUAAUAUGUUUUCGGGUUUAAGCAGACUCCGAGAUUUAAACCUAAAAAACAAUCAAAUUGAAAUUUUAAAUGGAUUCUCAUUUUCAUCACUAAUUUCUUUACGUACACUUAAUCUUGCCUUCAAUAAAAUCCAUACAAUACACAGAAAGGCUCUGGAGAACAUGGUUUUACUCAGUACCUUGAACCUCACAGGAAACAGAUUGAGAAUUCUUGAUUCCGCAAGAUUCGUCGCCCUAAUAAAGCUUCAGAUUUUGGACUUAUCACACAAUGGAAUUUAUUAUUUGAACUACAAUACCUUUCAAAGACUGGAGGAAGUCAAAUAUCUAUAUAUACAUGGAAAUAACUUAAGCGUGUCAAAAACUAUGUUUCAAGGUCUUUGUAACCUUGAAUGGAUGUCGACAGACUCAUACAUUAUUUGUUGUGCCAAACCAUUGUCUGUUGAUGCAUCAAAAUGUAUUUCUCCACAAGACCGAAUCUCCUCUUGCGAACAGUUGAUCAACGUAAGAUUCCUUGCACAAAUGAUAUGGUACAUGGCCCUUUUCUCGUUGGUAGGAAACAGUUACGUAAUUUAUUACCGCAUUAGAAGCAGCGAAGAAGGAAGCACUCUGUCACAAGGAAUUUUCAUUCUGAAUCUAAGUUUUUCUGAUUUAUUGAUGGGUAUUUACUUGUUCAUUAUCGCACUAGCAGAUAUGGAAUAUCGUAACGUAUACGGAUUUCACGAUAGCCAAUGGAGAUCCAGCAUUACCUGUACAGUUGCUGGAUUAUUAGCAAUGCUUUCCAGUGAGACAUCGGUACUCUUUGUAUUUCUCAUUACAGUUGAACGAUACUUAGCUUUGAGGUACCCGUUUACUGCAGGACUUAAGAGGAGGAAAAAAGAAAUUUUAGGCGUUACAAUAAUCGUGUGGCUCUUUGGUAUUAUAUUUGCAACACUUCCAAUUUUAUUUUACCAUGACUUUUACAGCAGAUCCACAGUAUGUAUCUCUCUUCCUUUAACUACAGAGAGGUUGGAGGGUUGGAAGUAUUCUACAUUUGGUUUCAUUGGCUUUAACAUAUUGAUUUUCAUGGCUAUACUGAUUGGACAGAUACUGAUAUUCAUAGAAGUAAGGAAAACUGGAAAAGCCCUAAAUAACGACAACACUCGAAGAGAGAUUGCUGUGUUAAGAUCUCUGACAUAUGUUGUAUUAUCCGAUACGUUUUGCUGGAUUCCUAUUAUUUUGAUUGGAAUAGCGGCAUAUGCGGGACUGGAAAUUUCAUUUGAUAUAUAUGCAUGGGUUAUCGUUCUUGUGCUACCAAUUAAUUCUGCUUUGAAUCCAAUUAUAUACACCUUCAGCUUGAUAUACAAACAGAAACAGCAAAGACAAAUCAGACAUAACCAUAUCUAGAGGCAAUAUGAACAAGAUUUGAAUCCACUCAGUGCUUAACCUCGUUAUUUUCCUACUGAAGAACCAUGAACAUGACACGUAACAUUUCAUUGUAUUACCGUAUUAUCCAUGUUUAUCUUGAUCCCUUUCUCCC